AUGGAGGCAUAUCUCCAAGGCCAAGACUUGUGGGAGAUCGUUAAAGGCAACGAGGUCACACAACUAGAGGAUGCAGCUGCUCUAAAGAAAUGGAAGAUUAAGGUUGGAAAAGCAUUGUUUGCUAUUCGGACCACAGUCGAAGAUGAAAUGUUGGAGCACAUCAGGGAAUCGAAGACACCGAAGGAAGCAUGGGAUACUUUCACAUCAUUAUUCACAAAGAAGAAUGAUGUGAGAUUGCAACUUCUAGAGAACAAGCUUCUCUCUAUCACACAACGUGACAUGACGAUCAGCCAAUACUUUACCAAGAUAAAAUCUCUUUGUCGCGAAAUCUCUGCAUUAGACUCUACUGCUGGUAUGUCAGACUCCAGAAUUAGAAGAAUUAUUAUUCAUGAAUUAAAAGCUGAAUAUAGAAGUUUUAUUGCCGAAAUACAAGGUUGGCCAAGCCAACCUUCUCCUACUGAAUUAGAAAACUUGCUAGCUGACCAAGAAGCGUUGGCUAAGCAAUUGUCUGGAGUCUCGAUAAAGAGUGACGAAGAAGCACUCUUUAGUAGUAAAUAA